CAGUGCUGCCGGAAUGUAUCAAACUGUGGCGAUGUAUCAAUUGUGAAGGGGCCGCGUUGAAAUUGACUGGACAUGGAGCCUUUCCUUAGGGGCUGCAUGACCCCUUUGGAGAGAGGAGCCCCCAGCAUACAUGUCGUCCUUGGAAAUGAAGCUUGUGAUCUGGAUUCCAUGGUUUCCGCCAUCGCGUUUGCCUACUUCCUGAGCAAGACUGCCCUGGACCAGAAGGCUGCCUUUGUGCCUGUCUUGAAUAUUCCACGCUCCGAAUUCCCUCUACGUGGCGAGUGUAUGUUCCUCCUACGGGAGAACUGCCUCUCUGAGGACCUGCUGGUGUUCCGGGAUGAGAUCGAUCUACAUGGCCUACACAGGGAUGGACGACUGGUCCUUACCCUGGUUGACCAUAACGUCCUGCCCAGAGGUGACUCGGCCCUGGAGGACGUGGUGACGGAGGUGGUUGACCACCGGCGCUUGGAGCGUCCCCUCACCCCUGGCCUUGCUGUGACCACCGAGCCCGUGGGGUCUUGCGCGACAUUGGUGACGGAACGGAUCAUCCGAAAAGCACCUGAUAUUCUGGACAGGCAGCUUGCUUAUGUCCUGCGCAGUACCAUUCUCCUAGACUGCAUUAACAUGGCGCCCGAAGCUGGGAAAGUGACACCAAAGGACACUGAAUACGUCACCACCUUGGAGUCGAGAUUCACGGAUCUCCCGCCAAGGGCUGUCGUGUUUGAUUCACUGCAGAGAGCCAAGUUCGACGUCAGCGGAUUGACCAUCGAGCAGAUGCUGAGGAAAGACCUGAAGGUUUUAUCUGGCGGGGAUAUCCUUUUAGCCAUCAGUGCUGUCUACCUGAGGCUCGAGGAGUUGCUGGCCCGUCCCGGCUUGAAAGAAGGGUUUGAGGAAUUUUGUCGGGCCAGGGGCUACAGCGUUCUGGUUGUCAUGACUAUCGCCUUCGAGCAGAAGAGUGAACCUUUCCGGCAAUUGGCAGUCUACAGCCCACACUGUAACUUGAGAGAAUCGGUGAGCCGGGCACUGGAGGAGUCUGAGACCCCUUUGUUACAGCUGAUGCCACUGAUCAGCCCAGAUUCAGAAAUCGUGGCCUACCACCAGGGAAAUGGGCAAGCCUCUCGCAAGAAGGUGCUGCCCGUCAUCGUGGACUUCCUGAAGGCCUGGGAGGCUGGCCGGUCAGACCCUGCAGUUGUCUCUUGGGGGUGGGGAACUGUCUCACGGGUCCCGAGGGGACAGGAGGAGGACGGGGAGGAGGCCGCCUGCGACGAGGUUUACCUACCCCCCACCCCCAUGAACAGCCUGGUGGAGGGCUGCCCUCUGGAAGGGGGGUUGCCCAAACUGUCGCAGGAGGCUAUCUUGGAGCGGUUCGACAAAAUGGCUGCCGAGGGCCCGGUGGUGGAUUCCAGCAACCAUUAGCCUGAGACUGGACAGAGCUUCUGGUUUUCACCGUUGAGAUUGUCACUGGGGGAUGGAGGGGUUGAGUUGAUGUUCGGAAAGAGGCAGUCUUGAAACUAGCUGAAGUCAUGCCCCAACCCCUGCCCCUGAUAAACAUUUAUUUGCCUCCCUCCUGGGCAAGCAAACAGUCUUUUCGACCUAUCACCUGGUUCCCCUCCACACCAAUUGGCCCCAUCCUUGCUUUUUCCCCUCACUGCGUGUCAAUCUUCUGCUGGGGAAAAUGUGACCACGGGGUGAUUUUGGUGGGUUGGCGGGGGAGGGUGGUUUCAGGUUGAAUGUUCAAAGACACUAUGGGGGCUAAUGGCUUCUUCCUUUCCUGUUCCUAGGCUUCCUGACACCAGAAUCCACAUGAGGAGGCCGUUCGGCCCCUUCAGUCUCUUAAUCCUUUCAAUGGGGUUUUUCUGGCUCAUCUGCGACUGGUUUCCCCCCUCAGUCCAAAGAUAUGUUGUUUAGGUGCACUGGCCAUGCUAAAUUACCCCAAAGCAUGCAGGGCAAGGUGGGUUAACUCUUGGUAAACGUGAAGUUGUAGGAAUAGGGUGGGAUGCUCUCCAGAGGGUCGGUGCAGCCUCGACAGGUUGAAAGGCCUGUAUCUGCACUACAGGGAUUCUGUGAUUCUAACUCUACCUAGGCCCGGAGGGCCAAAUAGCCUGCUCCUGUUCUAUUUUUCUAAAACAAGUGAGCUGAUUCGGGUGACAAGGUGGUUCUGGGUUGGCAUUACUGCCUCGCAGCACCAGAGAGGGAUGGUCUUCAGAGGGUCAGCGUGGACUCGAUGGGCCCAACCUGGGUCCGUGGCGCUGUGAGGCAGCAGUGCUAACCACUGAGACACCGUGUUGCCCUCCCUCGGAAUUUAGAACUCCCUUAGAGAGGCAAGAAACCACCCAGCCGCAAAGUUCAAAGUCACGUCUAAGUGGCUGUGGUGAAGGAACAAGAAUCUUAACCCUGUCCUAUCUCUAGAAUCUGGCAUUUCCUAAUCUAAGCAAUAAAACGAAUGCAGUGCUGGUUCGGUAUGGCUUCUAGAGCUGCAUUAAAGGCCAAGGGCAGGAGUUUGUCAUCCCUAAUCAGUGCUCAGUGGGUAGCUAGACUUCAGGCCUCCAUGGUUAAGGGCAGUAGAGAUGGGGAGAAUGGGACAGGGGGGAUAGAUGAAGAUGCAGGUGCAGGGCCAGAAUUCUGGCUCUGCAUCUGGCUUGGGGGGGCUCUCGACCUGAGUACAGUGAACCGUUAGAGACCCGUAUAUGUUCCUUCUGGGGCGGACCUGGUGGAACCGUCUCCCUCUCCCUCCCCUGACGAGACGCGGUGAGGUUAGAGAGGACCGAAUGAACAGGAGUCAGGGAAUGAACUCCGUCCACUCUGGGGCCAGUUGAGAAGCCUCAGACUGAUGUCUUCCACCUCCAGGUUCUGCUGGGAUCUCUCCUGUUUCUGAAGCAAAAAAGAAAUUUAUCGUACAUGUGACUGUUAAUUGGUGAAGAUGUGUAAUGAUUGAUCAAUUGAAAUUUCUGACGCAGAUUUUAAAUGCAGAAUGUGUUUGGUGUGGGGGUGGGGAGACAGGGAAAUGAUUGUAAAAUAUAGCCAUUUGUGUUUUAGGGGUUUGGGAGUUUGUAUCUGUGUCAGUUACACCAUCUCAGAGUAGAGAAGCCUCCCAUCUGUUUGAUUUUUGCCCCCCUUCUGUCACGCCUCUUCCACAGAGAUUUCUGAAUUCCUCCAUCUAACCUCUUCAGUGUAAGCCCUUCCUCCUCCCCUACUUGCAGCACAUUCGAUGGGAAUGGCGUGGAGGUAUGUGGAGAGGGCCCAGGUCGUUUCCUUGCGUCUUCCUCCUCCCCCAAUACCCAUUCCUUCAAUCGCAUCCCUCAACCCUUAACUCCACCCUGCCAUCCAAUCUCUCGUGCGCAUGCUGUCUCUCUCUCUCAAGCGCGCACGCGCGCUCGCUCUCUCUCACUCCCUCCACCCCCCACCUCCCUCCCUCUCCCUCAAUCCUGCAGAAUUACAUAGCACACUCUAGUACUCAAUACAGGAACAGGCCAUUCAGUCCUCUGCUCGACACAAGCCGCCUCCCAACCCUCUCUUCGUCCAUUUACCUACGUCAUCAUGUCCUAGUCAUACAGCACAGAAACAGCCCUUUUGGUCCAACAGUCCAUCCUGAACUUAAUCCCAAAUCCCAAACUAAGCUAGUACCACCUGCCUGUUCCUGGCCCAUAUCAUUUCAAACCUUUCCUAUUGAUGUACUUAUCUUUACAAUAUCUUGUAACUGUACCUGCAUCCACUGUUCCCUCAGGAAGUUCAUUCCACCCCCAGACCACACAUGUCUCUUUUAAAUCUCUCCCCUCUCACCUUAAAAAUAUGCCCCCUAGUUUUGAAAUCCCCCAUCCUAGGGAAAAGACAACUACCACUAACCCUAUCUAUACCCCUCAUGAUUUUAUAAACCUCCUGUGCUCCAGUGGAAAAAGGUCCCAGCGUGUUCAGCCUUUUUUAUAACUCAAACCUUCCAUACCUGGCAACAUCCUGGUAAAUCUCUUCUGAACCCUCCCCAGCUUAAUAAUAUCCUUCCUAUAACUGGGUGACCAGAACUGGACACAGUGCUCCAGAAGGGGCCUCGCCAACAUCCUUCAAUUCCUUUCUUCUCCCUCAUGUGCCUACUCCAGUUUCCCACUUCAAUAUAUCAAUCCAAUAAGGAACAGGCCCUUUGGCCACCAAGCCUGUGCCGAUUCCUAAUCCUUAUUUAGACCCACCACUUAUUGCCCAUACACUGUUUCUGACCCUCUGCCUCCCAUUCAUGUCUCUAUCAAGGUACACCAUAAAUAUUGCUAACGUGCCUGCUUUCACCACCUUGACUGGCAGCAUGUUCCAGGGACUCGCCAAACUCUGUAAAAUAAAUAAAUUUUCACCGCACUUCUCCCCCAAACUUUCGCCCUUUCACCUCGAAGCCGUGCCCUCUUGUAGUUGACCUUUCCACCUUGCAGGGAAAAAGGACUGUGACUAUCCACCGUGUCUAUGCCUGUCCUCAUUUUGUAGACCUCUAUCAAGUCGCCCCUCAGCCUCUGUCUUUCCAGUGAAAAUAAUCUGCGUUUAUCCAACCUCUCGUAAUUAUAACCCUCCAAACCGGGCAACAUCCUGGUAAACCUUUUCUGCACCCUCCAAAGCACAUCUGUACAACUCAUCUCGAAUCAUUCAUUCCCUACACCCUACUCUCUGGUUCCUCCUGAAUUCCUGAUUCAAUUCAUUGCUGACUGACUAAUAUUGAUGGCGAUUGUUAUAAGCCCAGCUAAUGUUAUUAUUGUGGAAGUCAGAUGCCAGAGUGAAAUCUGGUUUGACUACUCUAGUUUUGGUUUGAAUGAGGCAGUCUCUUGGCGAGACAAGCACACGAUGUUGCUGAUUUUGUGUUAACAAUAAAACAGAAGUUUACUAAUCAAUAUAAGUGCAGAUAAAAAAGAAUAACAAUCGAUCUAUGUAUAACACAAACUUUAAAGAUUUUUAAAUACACGAAAAAGGCAUAAUCCUUUACGGAUUGCAAACUGUCCCAUGCGUAGUACCAAAAAUUACCCCUUCUACAGUGGAGUCAUAGAGCUGUACAGCACGGAAACAAACCCUUUGUUCAAACUCGUCCAUUCCAACCAGAUUUCCUAAAUUAAUCUGGUCCCAUUUGCUAGCAUUUGGCCCAUAUCCCUCUAAACCCUUCCUGUUCACGUACCAAUCCAGGUGCCUUUUAAAUGUUGUAAUUGUGCCAGUCUCCACCACUUCCUCUGGCAGCUCGUUCCAUACACACACCACCCUCUGCGUGAAAAAGUUGCCUCUUAUGUGCCUUUUAAAUUUUUCCCCUCUCACCUUAAACCUGCAGUUUGGGACUGCCCACCCUGGGAAAAAGACCUUGGCUAUUAACCUUAUCGAUGCCCCUCAUGAUUGUAUAAACAUCUAUAGGGUCACCCCUCAGCCUCUGACACUCCAGGGAAAAUAGUCCCAGCCUCUCCCUAUAGCUCCAACCCUGGCAAUACUUUGCUGUACCCUUUCAAGUUUAACAACAUCGUUGCUAGAGCAGGGAGACCAGAGUUUAAUACAGUAUUCCAAAUUACUUGCAUAGAGGACGAAAAUCACUUUAUUUAAACACCUUGGCGGACUUAAACUUAACUGCCAGUCUUUAAAAUUUGUUAGCGUCUUCCUAGAGCUUUCUUACAUCUGAUUUUAAGCAUUAUCAGCUUCACUGACAUUUCUACACAAACAUUUCUCGUUUGGGACUACACUAACUCCUUACUAAGAAGUUAGGUUAAUCUAGUUUAACUAGCUCUCUCAAAACAAAAUCACCAAGGCUACAGAAAUGCUUGCAAGUUAAAUUAGUUCCUUCGGAGACGCAGCAAAACCAAUAUGUCAUUACUCAAAAAUUCAAAACACAUCAUAUUAAAAUGUAUACAUCACAUACUCUAGAGCUGGUAGCUUUGGGUGUGACAGUUAGCUUUGUAAGGAAGAAAUUGGCCAUUGCAGGAUAACCAAACCACAUGUGCACAUGCGCGUAUGCACACACCAAAAAGUGAGUUGCAUGUCUAACAAAGUAUAGAUCAAUGUCUGCAGGAUGUUUGGAGAUCCACUAUUUGAGUCCCAGACAUUGCACUAUUGGUACUGGCAUUUCAACGUCAACCCGAUUUGUUUUAGAUUCUGUUAUAUUUUUGGAUAUGUUAAGGUAGUUUCAAAAGGCGGGUAAUGGCUUAAGCCCUGUACAGUAAGAAAAGGAAUUCCAUUGAAUAAUUUAAUGCCAGUGACUUGCAGAGGCUCAGGCCAGCACCAAGAUCCAGCUACACCUGAUAUUUAUGAACAGGAGACAGUUUACUUCCAGGCGUGGAAAGUUAUUGUCUUGUUAGCCGCUCAUUGGCAGUUUCUCACCUUUGCGCUCUGAUCCCAGGCGUGUAGAAACACAAGCAACUUCUGUCACUAGCCUACAGAUGUGCAUCUAACCUACGUUCGUGUGUGAGCCAGCAAUUUUAAAAACUGACCCCGAUUAUUAAUGUAGCUGUGGCUCAGUCAGUAAAACACUGACACUCUCUCUCUGUCACCUCCCAGCCACAAGGUUGUGGGUUCAGCGUCCGCUCCAGAGAUGAGCAUAAUAUUGAGUGAGGUGUCGGAACAUACUGCAACAUCUCGGGCGAGGCACUCUGGGGAUGCUGCUCCUACUCUCACUGAUCCCAUACCUGAUGGUUUUUCAAAAGCCGGGUCUAGGAAAAAAUCCUUCCUCCUUCUUCGAUAUCCUGGGCCAUGUUCCCUCCAAACAUUGUUGCUGCACAGACCUCAGAUUCCAAAAGCAAAAGUCAAUGGGUCCACAGCCAGUUGGUGUACAUGGAUCUUCCACACAGGACACAGUGCUGUGUCCCAAAAUUUAUUCCUCAACCACUUUGCAGAGAAACAAAAUGUGCUAAACGUCAUGUUGAGGGAGUUUGCUGCGGUCAAAUUGGCUGCCUCAUUUCCUAUAUUAUAACAGUAAGUUUGUACCAGAAAGGCUUUCGAUUGUCUGGUCAGCUGCUUUGCGAUGCACAGUGAUGCCAACAGUGUGGUGUUCAGUUCCCGCACUGGCUGAGAUUACCACAAGGGAUUCUCCUUCUCAACUUCUCCCUAUUUUACCUGAGGAACGCUGACCCUCAGAUUAAAAAAAAAAUAAAAGUCGUCUCUCUCUAAUGAGAGAGGAGCCUUGAUGGUCUGGUAGGACAAUGGGCAAUUUACCUUUACAUUCUAAAAGUACAUUAGUUUAAAAGCACUGAGGUUGCAAAAAAAAAUGCUGUGCAAAUUCGAGUGCCCGUCAAAACUAGUUAGUGGUAACAUGCAACUAAUCUAAAGAGAGGAAGGUAAUCAAAUAUUAACUGAGGACGGUGUCAACAGAUUUGAUCAUUAAUUUUCAAUGACUACAGGUUUGUUGAGAGAGGAUCUGGUGUUCACUUACCAGGGAAUUCCAUACAGGGUAACUGAUCUGAACAUGUUGACACAUUCCAGGCACGGUUGGUUGCUUUGCAGUUGCAUUUAUCCCACCAUUGUGGUUUUGCGUGCUUUAAUCUUGUCACAACGCAGGCAGUAGAGGGGUUAAAAAAAGUCUCUCAAGGCGAGUGAUUUUUCCAGCAGGGUUCGUGACCUGUCUUUGAGGGCAUUAUCACACAGGGCAGCAAUGAACUCUGUUAGCCUGUCCUGCUCUGAUUUCAAUCCCCAAUUGUGUCUGUCUUUGAAGUGCGGGGAGGAGUAGGUAAGGAAGAAGGGAGUUUGGGGGUUAGUACGUCAGGAAGAGAGAAUUGUUUUUUAGCCCUUGCUUGUAACCUUUUGGUGUCUGGCACAAGUCUUGGGAGCAGACAUAGAGGAGAGAAAUAAAAUGAAGGCAUUAGGAUAAAAUUGUUUGUUUUUUUUUACAAUAAUUAAAACUGAUUAAUUCUGCAAAACA